AAAAAUUACACUGACAAACUGACAGAUGACAGAUGUAAACAAAAUCAUGAAUUGGUCUUAGCGCGCGAGUUACAUUACAAUUAUAAAAAAGUAUUUAUCAAGAAAAAAAUGAGCGAAGAAAUAAAUGUUAGAUUUGUAAUACCAAAGGAAUGUGUUUCUGAGGAUGACUGCUGCGAAGAAAUGAAACUGGCUUUUACAGCAUGUGAACCACACAUUGGAGGAGGCUUAAAACCGAGAUGGGUACAUGAAAAGACUUUUACUGAAUUUAAUAAUCUAACUAAAAGAGAUGUUUUUGUUUUAUCUCAAUUUGAUGGAGAAAUAUUUCAGAAGCUAAAGGCAACAAAAUGUCUGUUAGUGGGACCACGAUGCUUGGCAUGUUCAUUAAUAGAAGGGACACCAAUACCACAGGGUCCGGGGCCUGUCUUCACAAUUGCUAUGAGAGGCCUUAUCAUAACCGCUAGUGGAUUGACUAAAUCAAAAAAGGAAAUUAUACAACAAAAAGUGCACUGGAUGGGUGGCAUUUAUAAACCGGAAUUGACUGAAAAUACAACGCAUCUUGUUGCUGAUAAUGUCAUUUCAGACAAGUAUAUUCAAUCAGUAAAGAAAGGUAUACCAAUAAUGAAAGAAAGUUGGAUAGAAGCGGUAUGGUCAGCUUCCCUUAAAUACAACAUCAAUGGAGCCUCAACAGAUUUCAAUGAGCAUCGCUUACCACCAUUCUUCAAUCUUAAUGUAACAACGUCUGGACUAAGUAGGAAAGAGAAACAUUUGAUUACAACACUGGUCAAUGAUAAUGGAGGAAUUUUCUCUGGUGCUUUCCAAAGUGAGACCACCGAUGUUGUGGUACUUACCAAAGACAACGUGGGCAGUGAGAAGUACAAAGCUGCGCUGGAGUAUGGCAAAGCUUGUGUGGUGCCCGGCUGGGUGCGGGACUCGGCAGCGCGGGGCGUUGCCUUGCCUAUGGCCAAGUACAAAGUGCUCGGUGCCUCGACGUCAUCACCCUUAGCUGAGCACCGCUUGCCUGAUAUGAGUCUUAAUUUCUCUAGGAUAACAAAUUCUAGACCGCCUAGUAAUUUUGUCGAUGAAACUAGAUCUGUUGAUUUGACAACAUUAUCGGGUAGAGGAAAGCUGUCACAAGAAAGCAAAAGAUUGAGUGACGUCGACAGAGAAAUUAUUUCCGAAUUUGAGAAAUUCGACAUGAGCUGUUUAAAAAAGGCUGGACCUAUUUUUGAUGGUUUUUGUAUCUGGGUGAGUGGUCUAGAGGGGUUGUGUCGCGAGCGCGCAGCCGCGUGCGUGUCGCGGUGCGGGGGCGUGCGGUACGACGGUGCGGGCGAGCGCGUGACGCACGCGGCUGCGGGCACGCGUGCGGCUGCGGCGGCGGCUGCGCGCGCACUGCCGGCUGUACCGGUGCUUAGUGCGGUGUGGUUGCUGCGCAGUGCGGAAGCCGGGAGACCGCUGCCUGAGACAGAGUUUUUAAUGGAACCGGAGCCAUCAACGCCGGUGAAGUCAAGCGCUCGUAAGCCUCUUGCGGAGGCUGCAUCUCCGAUGAGUAAGCGCAAUCUGCAGCUGCUCCGCCUGCCGCCGCCCACACCGGAGCCCUGCGUCUCCGCUCCCACGGAGCACCCGGAGCACCCGGAGCACCACGAUGACAUCGUCAAUCAUUACUUAAGCCAAAAUGUACCGGAAGCUGUGAGAGAGAAGACGCCGGAGAUGGCGGCGUCCAACGCGACUCUGCAGCCCGGGAUACCUGACAUCACCGAGGAUCUGCCAGAAGAUCCCACUGAAGAGAUUGAACAGAUAUUCAGAGGUGUGAAGCUGGAGGUGCAGGGUCUGGAGGAGGAGGCGGUGUGCGAGGUGGGGGCGGAGGUGUCGGCGGCGGGGGGCGUGCUGUGCGCGGCGGGGGCGGGCGGGGCGUACGUCCUCGUGCCACUGGACUUUGACCCCGACGACCUUGUUACAACUACCGCUGAGCCGGUCACAGUAUUCUGGGUGAAAGACUGCCUGUGCCAACAAGAGCUGCUGCCGCUGCAGUACUACCACAGGCCGGUGCGCGCGACGUGGCGCGGCGCCCCGCUGGCCGGCGUCGUGGCCAGCCUCAGCACGUAUAGCGGCGUCGAGCGCGCCUUCCUUGAUGAGCUCGCCAAGCUGCUCGGCGCCACGUAAGUCAUUAUA